GUUCUCUCCGUCUCUGUCCGACGUUCCCGGGUGUCGCGCGUUUCGCGGCGGCGACGUUUUAACCCAUAUUUCAGUCUGGAGUUUUACCAGCGUGGCAACUCGUCUCGCACGCGCGCGAAUCGACUACCGGGCGAGUACCGGGCAGCGAGAGUGACGUGAACCUGGACACGCGUGAAUCUCUUCCGCGAGUAGCAGCGUGUACAUCCAGCGAGAGCGCGUAGAGACGGUGCUGCUGGCGAGACGUCGACGACGAUGACGACGACGACGACGACGAUGACGACGACGACUUCCAUGGUCAUCGAGCGUAGAACAACGUGGUAAAUGUGCGGGAUGUCUGAAUUUCUCCUUGACUACUCCGGUGAUGAUGAUGACAUUUCGGCGACGACGGCGGCGGUAGAGGCUUCGUGCGCGUGUCACUCGUUGACGUGGAUGACCAUCGUUCAUUGUCGAGCGCUAUUCAAGGCGCAAGGGUGAUCGGUGAGAAUAGUUUAUGGUGAUAGUUAGAGAGGACAGGUUCAAAGAAUCUUAAUGAUUAGCGGUUCUCUUGGUUCGCGAUAAUAUAAAAUUUGUUAAUAAUUGUUUAACUGGUUAAAGAACACGGCAUCUUUUAAAGAUUUAGCAUUCACACGUACGAAUGCUGUCGGCGUUUGUAAUUGAUAUCGCGUGUAUGUGAUGUACUUGAUUAUAGUGACAUCGAUGGUUCGUAAUCGUAUGAAUAAAAAGCAAAGCGUAGUGAGAUUUGUACUGCAAGAAGUUUGUGGUAUUGAAGGCUGCGGCGAGCUAUGAACUUGAGGAUUGCUAAAAAUUUUGUUCGCCGUGUUAGUGUGAGUGUUCGCUGGUAGGUCACGAAUGCCAUUGCAUAAACGUGGUUCAUGCGGAUGGAACAUCGUGGUGUCAAUGCUGACCCGUAUAUGUCAAUGACGAUGCGGUCAUCGAGCGAUUGUCUCUAACACCCUAAUGGAUGAUUUAAAGCUACUGUCUCGUGCCAAGCAUGCAAUUUGCAUUAAACGACGAUUACAGAUGCUCGUCGCAACGUGCAACUACUACUGACUCUCGACGGAACGAUGACGUAAACGCAGAUGUCAGGCGUGGAUUUUAGAUUUUACUUAACGUAACGCCUUCUGGACGGGAUACUAAGCAAUCGAAUGUUCUCAUUAAACGCACAUUAAUUUUAUGUUUCGAGACUGCAAUCAAUUUCAAAGGGGGUACCUUUGGUGAUGUAAACAAGCGAAAAUUCAAGAAACAGGAGAGAAAGGCGAAAACUCGAGGAUACUUAGAAUGGAUUGGAUCGUGGGAAUUAGUACUUCACGAAAGGAGAGUCCGGAAAAUUGUGCCAGAAGCUGCAAUUGCUCGGGCACGAAGUACGCCGCAUAAUAAAACUACGCGUUUUACAAGACAUCCUAGAAAGAGGUCUUGCCGGACAGAAGAAGGCACCCGUAGUCAAUAACGUGCCGUCGAGUGUCUACAGACGAAGUACGCACGAUAUUCGCUGGAGAAUUUAAUUAAGCGACCAAACAUCCAGAAUACCUACGAGCCGAGAGCGCGUAGGUUCAAAAUAUAUCUCGCCAGUGGUGAAGUCGAUUGCGCGAUCGGACGUCACGAGUGUCGCGUCAUCGCGAAUCGAGACGAUUUAAACGUCGGACAGAAACUUUUAAACAAGGAUGAGCGUGAACGUUUAUAUACUAAAUUUAUAGAGUCGCAAAUCAUCUGUACAAUAGUUCACGGAAUCUAACAUUCGCGUCGCCGGACAGUGGGACGUGAUUUUCGGAUUUCUUUCAUCACGUUCCUCGAUUCGGCAAUCGCGAGUGUGCAAUACUAAACGCUGCACAAUCGAAUUAUGUGGCGAGGAAAGUAAUAAUAAUAAUCCUGAGAAAAAAAACGAAUUGCUGGUGGUGAUCGAUGAUCGAUCGCGGCGGGAUAUCGAAUAAUGGCCGUGUGUGUCGACCCGUGCAUUAAGUGAACUGCCAAACAAAUUGAUCGCGACAAUUCGAUUGCCGGUGCAUCUGACGCCUCAAGUUCCGCCUUUCGCCUGUCCGAUAUCGUACAUACGUGGAUGCGCGUAAUCGCGGCUCAUUAAGCGUUUCGAGCUUGAACAGCACUGGCCGUUUGAUCGCGUCGCUUUAUCCGUCAACGAUAUAACGGGAAAGUCGGUUUCUGCGAGUCACGUGGACCCGACAAUUCCAUACGGCGAGAACAGCAAGCCGAAACUGUCGAUUCGCUGGAGAAUCAGGAACGCGACCGAUUUAAUCGAUAUACGAAGACAUCCCGCCGAGCCGAUCCGUUCACGAUUCCUCCUCAUUCGUGCCGAUCACGAACCAAUCAAGCGCGACUUUAAGUGCGUCGACAGCAGUAAUAUUCUGUUUCCGCGACUCGGAGCGGAAUUUUGCCGCGAGUGUGUCGAUCGUGGGCCAUUAUAUCGCGUAAAUUUACCGGAAAAGAGAGUGCCGGUGAUUGUGACAGAAUCGAGGUGUCGAUUCUAAAGUCGAUUUGAUACGAAGACGCCGAUCUCUCCUACGAUUCGCAAGAAACGUAGCUGCUCUCUCGCGAUACUGUAGGGUCCUAAUGACGUCACCGCCUCGGCACAUCACGAGCUGCGAACGACCAGAUGAGAGCAGACGGUGUGCGGAAACGAAAGUAGAUACUAUCGCGUUGUGUCCACUACCAAGUACUUCCAAGACGAGUCUCCAGCCGUCGUUGGAUCGAACGCGAAGUAUCGAGUGUAUCAGCGAGAGUGGUUGAACGUGGAAUAGGCGAGAGCGCAGCAGCGGCACGUGAGACGAGUGUCGUCGCUCGAGACACUUGUUGCACGUCGGCCGUCCCUUAAAGAGGGUCUGUCGGCGUCAAUAUCGGGCCACCGGGUAUUUCCCCGGUCGCGAAAGAGGUACACGGACCCUGUUCGUCAUCGAUAUCGCGGAGAGGCGAGAGUACGUAGAGUGUGCCGACGCUGACGAGGGUUUUAUCGGUGAACGCACCAUCGGGCCGACCGUAAUCGCGGCAUGUCGCUCGACGAGACGAUCGCAGACGAUCGCGUGGCGAGCGACGCGUGCCUCGUACGCCUAUCGAUUACCGUUCGCAAAAAGUGUACGCGUGCCGUCGCCACCAUCACGAUCGCGACGCACAGUGAUCGUUAGCCUGUCAAGCGAUCGGUGCCAGAAGCGACGUGUUCGACGGGUGUCACUUGGCAUGCCGCCGAUCGUCGUGCGACCUCCUUCGGUGGUCGGCCGUCGUCGCUGCUCUUCUUGUCGGUGCGUACGAACGCUCGAGCGGCUCGAAUAACAAUCGGUAGCGCGGAACCGGAGCACGAAAGCAAAGUACCGAGACGCGUGGCCCACGUGCCGGAUCGAAAUCGUGCUGAGGAUCAAGAGAAAGCGAUCAUGUGCUACGCUCGGUGACACCGGUCGCGAUCGUGCGCGGCGUUACCAUUGGCGGUACACGUAGUCAGCAGAGAGCAGAGCUACCACUGCGGGGCGGCAUCAUCACGUGGUGGAUCUCCCCGGGCGUGUACUCGGGCGGUUUUGGCUAGGACAAGAGGAAACGAAGACCGGAAGGCUGGAUCACCUCCGUGGAAUGUCUUCAGGCGCCAAGCGACUGGUGCAGUCGCUUAGGGGCCGGACCGGGGGCAGGGGCACCGGCGGCGGUCGUUCCGACGCCGGUGCCGGGGAAGAUAGCGGCGUCGGGGGUGGCGGGGCCAGCACCAGCGCGACGAGACUGUGCCAUUACGACAGCGGGCAUGAGCUCGACGAGAUCUCGGUGAUCGGGGCUACCGUCAGGGACAACGAGGGACUGACGACGCCUACUACGCCGUGUCACUGCAGAAGUAUUAAGUACGGUAGUGGACAGACGCUUUGCAGCAUCGCCGGAUUGCCGCCCGCCCCCGCCAUACCCGCGCACAGAGCACAGUCCGGUGUCAUCACAGGCGGGGUGAGACAUCGUCUGAGCGGCGGUUCCGCGUCCGCCCUGAGCUACGGAGGCGAAAAGUACGGCAGAAGCGGAAGGUCCAGCGAUGGUAGGACCGGCGGCGGUAGGGAGAAAGAGGAUGACACCAAGAGUGCAGAGAACGUAUCCAGAGGGGUUUUACCCUCGAGGCAGAGCCUCUUGGACCUCGUCAGCGGUAAAUUCAUGGGCCGACACACACCCACUCACCACUAUUACUAUCAGCAGCAGCAGCAGGUGUAUUCUGUGUCGCAGCGAUACUUCAGCUCGUCACGGGAUUCACUUCAGGGAGGAUACGUGAAUCGGGGGGCGAGCGAGCUCGAUCUGAGUCGCAAGCCGAGAAGAAGGGACCACCUAAGGGGCAGAUUCAAGCUGCCAUAUACAGUUGCGCUCACGUCCUCGCGUGACCAAUCGCAUCUCCACACACCGGCAUCAGUCAAUCAUCUCAGCAACAGUAGCUGUAACGGCACUGAAACGAGGUACACGGCGCAACAACAACAACAGCAACGCGGUAGUAGAGGCUAUCCCGGGCAACCUGGAUCGAGGGGUUUUCGCACGGGUGCGCCAAAUUGGUCCUUCAUCUUCGAUCCUGCGGGACGUCUCUGUUACUAUUGGUCGAUGGUGGUUUCUCUUGCCUUUCUUUACAACUUCUGGGUGAUCAUCUAUAGGUUUGCCUUCCAGGAGAUCAACGGAGAAACCCGUUGGGUGUGGUUCUGCCUGGACUACUUCUCGGAUUUUUUAUACGUGCUCGACAUAAUAUUUCACAUUCGAACGGGAUACUUGGAAGACGGCGUGCUGCAAACCGACGCCACGAAAUUGAGAAAUCAUUAUACGAACAGCACCACGUUUUACAUAGACAUCCUGUGCCUGCUGCCCCUCGACUUUUUAUACUUAUCUAUAGGAUUUAACAGUAUGCUGCGAAGUUUUAGACUCGUAAAAAUUUACCGGUUCUGGGCGUUCAUGGACAGGACCGAGCGACACACGAACUACCCGAAUCUGUUUCGCUCCACCUCCUUGAUACAUUAUUUACUAGUGAUCUUUCACUGGAACGGGUGCCUCUAUCACAUUAUUUAUAAGAACAACGGCUUCGGCAGUAAGAACUGGGUAUUCAGCGACUCCGAGACGGCGGAUGUUGUCAAGCAAUAUCUGCAAAGCUACUACUGGUGCACUCUUGCCCUAACAACCAUCGGUGAUCUACCCAGGCCGAGAAGUAAGGGCGAGUAUCUCUUUGUGAUUGGUCAACUAUUCUUCGGUCUGCUGCUAUUCGCAACGGUGUUGGGUCACGUCGCAAACAUCGUCACUUCCGUCAGUGCAGCGCGGAAAGAGUUUCAGGCAAAGUUGGACGGCGUGAAGACUUACAUGCGGAUGAGGAGAGUACCGAAUCAUUUGCAAGUUAAAGUUAUCAAGUGGUUCGACUACUUGUGGCUGACGCAAAAGUGCUCCGACGAAGAGAAAGCAGUGAGUUGUCUUCCAGAUAAGCUAAAGGCAGAAAUCGCGAUAAACGUGCACCUGGACACGCUGAGGAGGGUCGAGAUCUUCCAAAACACGGAGGCUGGCUUCCUGUGCGAGCUGGUGCUGCGAUUACGGCCCGUUCUUUUCUCACCUGGCGACUACAUCUGCCGCAAAGGUGAGGUGGGAAAGGAGAUGUACAUAGUGAAUAGGGGCCGACUGCAGGUGGUAGCCGACAACGGGAAGACGGUGCUCGCCACCCUUAAGGCGGGUUCCUACUUCGGGGAGAUCAGCAUUCUCAAUAUGGGGACCGCAGGUAAAGAGUGCGGUAACCGGCGAACAGCCAGCGUGCGCUCGGUCGGCUACUCGGACCUCUUCGUCCUCAGCAAGAAAGACAUGUGGGACGUACUCAAGGAAUAUCCGGCUGCGAGGGUGCGCCUUGAAGCCAUUGCAGUCAAAAGGCUGGAGAAGUACAAGAGAGCUCCUCUGGAGAAAGUCGCCAUGGGCAGGUGCCAAAGCACGCCCGGUCUGGUGGAGUCGCGAGGCCGCGUGUCGCUGGAGGACAUGUGGAUAUCGCCAAUCGACCUCAAGUCCCACGCGUACUCGACGGCCGCCUCGUUGUUCUCGCCGAGUCCGAGUCCGGUGACACCUCGCGCCAUGCCGGGUACGGGGGUUCUAGCGGACACGAACAACGUGCCCAGAGGCGCGGAGAGCCCGAUAAGCGGGGCCAGCAGUGGUCCCAGCAGCGAGGACCAGACGGCCAGGGCGCCGCCGUCAGCCGCGACCCAAGCCUCCACUGGCAGGCAGUCCACUCAUUCCGGCAUGACUUGCAACAGCAUGACGCAGCUGGUGAGCGAAGGUACAACGCCUUUGUUUGGUACCCACGAGGCUCUAUUGGCGGAGAUUCAGCGUCUCCGCGAACGCCUGAAAUGCCUGGAAACCGAGAACGCAGCGAUGAGCGUCAAGCUGAACCAGCAACAGUGGGAGGUCGAGCAUCGGUUGGCCGAAAUCGAGAUGCAGAUCUGCGGGGCAAGCUCGACCUCGAGCGUCGAGGACAACAAUGAGAGAAAUCGGGAGAGCAUUAUUUAACGAGAAACAAUG